AUGGGAAUCUGUUGGUCAAAACCUAAAAUCAAAGAGUAAAAAAUGAGCAAAGAACAACAAUGUAUAAAUUUUUAUUAAUUUAAUAAGCACUGGUUACAAAUAAAUUUGAAGUAGGUUCAAAUAUCUUUGUUAACUUAAAAUCAGGAGAUAUAACAGAUAAUUAUAUUUUUAAUAAAAUCUUAAGGGAAGGUAAGAUAAUAUUUUAAAAUUUAAGGAUCGUGUGGUCAAGUAAGGUUAGUUUUACAUAAGAAAUUGGGAUAAUAAAGAGCUAUGAAACAAAUAUCAAAAAAAAAAAUACAAAAAGAAUAAGAAGACGCAAUGUUUAGCGAAGUUUCUUUACUUAAAAAUAUGGAUCAUCCAAAUAUUGUCAAAUUAUAUGAGCUAUAUUAAGACAGUCAAAAUUACUACUUAGUAACAGAAUAUCUAAAUGGAGGAGAACUAUUAGAUAAAUUGAAUGUUGAGAAAACAUUCAAUGAAAAAAUUGCAGCAGAAUAUAUGAAAUAAGUUUUAUAAGCAUUAGCAUAUUGUCAUGCAUAAAAUAUUAUUCAUCGGUAUUUAUUAAUCUAAUCUAUUUAGUGAUAUGAAACCAGCUAAUAUAAUGUUUGCUUCUACAGAUUCAUAAUCCCAGAUAAAAGUAAUAGAUUUUGGAACUGCUAAAAAGUUUGUUAGUGGUUAAACUUAGUCACAAACUAUAGGAACUGUAAUUUAAUAUACUUAAUUUAGCCCUUAUAUAUAGCUCCAGAGGUUAUAGAUAAGAAUUAUACAGAAAAAUGUGAUAUUUGGUCUUGUGGUGUAAUUUUAUAUUAAAUUUUAACUGGGAAAUUUCCAUUUGAGACCAAAGUUUCUUGUUUACAAUAACUUUUUAAUAACAUAAAAUCGGGACAAUAUAACUUUAUAAGAAAAGAGUUUAUUUCAUUAUCAAUUGAAGCUUAGGAAUUGAUAAAAUCAAUGUUACAGUAUGAUCCAAAAAAAAGACCUUCUGCUUAACAGAUUUUAGAUGAUCCAUGGAUAAAACUAAAAGCGAGUGAAGAUAAAAUAAGUGUUGAUGUUCUGAAUGAAUUAAGAAAAUUUAGAGUAUAAUUACUUUAUAAUAAUUUUAGAAUGAAAGUAAUAUGAGAGCUGCCAUUAUGUAAUUAAUAGCAGGUUCAAUUAUGACUAAUGAAGAAAAGGAGUAACUUACAUCAACAUUUUAAAGCAUGGAUAAAAAUAAAGAUGGGUAAUUAUCAAAAUAAGAAUUAAUUCAAGGUAAUUGAAUUUUUAUAUCUAAUAGCUUAUACUUAAGUUUUUAAUGAUGAAUUGAAGGCACAAAUUUUAAUUAGUGAAAUAUUUGAUUCAAUAGAUCAAAAUCAUUCUGGUAAAAUAAGUUAUACUGAAUUUCUUGUAGCAUCUGCUAAACAAAAUACAAUUCUUUCUAAAAAUAAAAUUGAUUUAGCAUUUAAAAUGUUUGAUAAAGUAAAUUCUUAAUUUAAUAAUAUGUAGGAUGGAAAUGGUGUGAUAUCAAAAGCUGAAUUAUAAGAUAUUUUAUGUGGAAUUAAUAUUGAUAAUUCAGAAUGGGAUCAAAUUAUCUAAUCGUGUGAUAAAAAUAAUGAUGGGAAUAUCUAAUAUGAAGAAUUUACAGAACUGUUAUUAACAGUGGUCUAAAAAUGA